CCAAAAGUGUUCGUGUGUUUUGUGGCAAUGGGCAAUACUGACAAAAAUCCAGGAAAAAAAUAGUUAUUACAUGACUGCUUCAACUGCUUGCAACAUUGCCUGAAUUGUCAAAAUUUGACUUUUGAAGAGAGAUUUUCAAAAGGCAAAAAGAUGCUCACUUCUUCAUUAUUAGCUGGUUUGAGGACCGCCCGUAUCACGGUGGUAUGCACACGAAACUUAGCAGCAGCUCAGAGUGCUAACGACCCAAUUCAACAGCUCUUUUUGGAUAAAAUCAGGGAAUACAAACAGAAGAGCGCUGGAGGCAAACUUGUGGACCCCAGUCCCUCAAUCGAAAAAGAACUGAAGACUGAGCUGGAGAAACUGGAGAGGCAGUAUGGUGGCGGCUCCGGAGUAGACAUGACCGCAUUCCCUAGCUUCAAGUUUGACGAGCCCAAACUUGACCCCAUUGAUGAGCAGGCCGCCUCCAAGGACGCCAAGAAGAAGUGAACAACUUAGUUAUAACCAUAGUUAAUUUAUAAAGAUAUUGUCUAAUGCGGUAAUUGUCAAAUAUCAGGUCUUGUGUUGAGCGCAUGAAUAAAUUGUUGUAUUAGA